AUGAUGGACAUCGAUAGUAACGGUGUCGACGAUCGGGCUCAACGAGCCACCAGUGUACUGUCCAUGGACGACAUUGAGGCCGCGCAGGCGCUUGAGGGCCUUCGUUCAGAUUUCGCAUACACUCCUCCUCAUCCUAUUGCUUUAUCGCAAUCGCACUCUCCACAGAAUUCCAUUCCCGCUACUCAACCCGAUCAAUCCCAGGCCGAACCCUUGAUAUCUCUCUUGACUUCUACACAUCCUUUGAUAUCGUCUGCAAUCAACAGUUCCAUGUCCGCAUAUACUUCUUCAAAAUCAUACUCGUCACGAUUCAAGUACGGUGCUGAGUUUCUCGAGCGCAAUAUCGGGUCACCCGUUGCCAACACAGUCGGCACCGUUAGUCGCAAGACCGGUGUGGAGGGAGGCCUUCGAUGGGCGCUUCAGCGCCGAGACACGAACGAAUCAACCGAUCGAAGCAAGCGACGGAAGACGGAUACUCAAUCUACUGAAGUAGAUGAGAACAAAGAUAUCGAAAAUUCUUUGCCUCCAUCAAACGAAAUGCACCACAACCGAUCAAUGUCGGAAACGUCCUAUAUAGAGACUCUACCCCCUUACGAUGAUCUGAAAUCCCCCAAUUAUGAAGAGGUUCAGCAACAUGAUCGUCCGUCAAACAACUCAAGACAGAACAAAACAUGGCAAAAACGUCUCAUGAUUUCAACAUCUGGUCUCGGUGUAGCAAUGAGCGAAGAGUCUUUACGCCGAUUGACCUAUUGUCUCAAAUGGCUCAAGUGGGCGAAUGGCCGACUCAACUCGGCUGUACUAGCUUUGAAGAGUAUGCUCGAGAAAUGGGAAGAAGAGAAACUGAAGAAUUCGACAGACGAGAAUUCGUCGCAGAAUCGUGCGUUACUACUACAGCAUAUGCAGGCUGUCAAAGAAGAUGUGUUGCGCACGCUCAAGCAAGUUGUGAAUAUUGUCUCCAAAUACACCGGAGGAGCGCUACCAGAGAACGCGGGAACCCUAGUCCGCAGCCAUCUCAUUUCUUUGCCGCAACGAUUCAAAAUCGCUGCAACAUCCAAUUCAUCCCCAGAUUCUGCAGGCUCGGGCUCCGAGGAAGCGUCUAGCGCACAUCGUGUUCUUGUGCUUGCUCAAGAGGGUCUAGAGAUGAUGUCACAGGUCCACCGAGUCGUCGACGAGACUUUGAUUAGUGCACAGACAUGGUGUGAACGACUUGGCCGUAAGCUUCCAGAUCUCAAAAACGACGAGUCGCAUGAAAACACUCCAGAAUCUACGCUUCAAUACGGCCAGACAGCAGCUGUAACUGAUGUCAAGCAGCCAAUUAUCAUUACCCCGAACGUCGACGUUGAAAUGACAGGCACUGAUGCCGUUUGA